CUUCGCCUGGUCACACUGGCGUUCGCGGUGUAUGUGUGUGCAUUACGCAUUUGCUUUGCGAAUUACAAGCGAAUUAAAACAAUUAUUGUGGACACAAGCCGGUCGCCAGAGUCCCACGGUUGCCGCCAACGCCGAGCUUAGGUCUCUAGCCAACCGGGUCAUGUACGCAACCAACAAUGGCGGCACAAACAAGGCGCCAAACAGCAAUGCCACAUCCAUGUUUGACAACACCAUCACAGUGACGCCCAUCAAGAUGGAACUGGGACAGGCGUACUCCAAGUCGCAGAAUCCUACGGCGGCAGUGACCAUGCAGCGGAGGACUUCCAACGCUGUGGUGGUUACCACUUCCACCACCGCCCAGCAACAGCAGCAGUCGGGGCAGCAACAACAGCAAACAGUGCCCAUGGCCAGCGUAGUUUCCAAUGCAUGCACCUUAGUGAAUCCCAGCAUGAGUGUGACAGUAGCCACAACUGGAGGCACGGCUAAGGAGAAGACUACAAAGGCCACACGGGCUCAGGUGGUCCGCAAACCGCCGCCAACCAUCGAUAAUUUCUGGCCAAAUAUUGUCAGCGAGGUGCAUGGGAUUGGCCAAGUAGAUGCCAAGCACCAGGUACUGCCGCUGGCGCGCAUCAAGAAGAUUAUGAAGCUCGACGAGAAUGCAAAGAUGAUUGCCGGUGAGGCGCCGCUGCUGUUCGCCAAGGCUUGUGAGUAUUUCAUCCAGGAGCUAACCAUGCACGCCUGGGUUCACACCGAAGAGAGCCGGAGGCGGACGCUCCAGCGAUCGGAUAUUGCCCAGGCCAUUGCCAAUUACGACCAGUUUGACUUCCUUAUCGACAUUGUCCCGCGUGAGGAGAUCAAGCCGUCGUCGACGCAAAAGGGUAAGGAUGGCAGUAGUUCCAGUUCGAGUGGAAUGACAGGCUCGACCAGCAGUGCCGCCUCCACAUCUAACACAUCCACCUCUAAUGCGGCCGCCUCCGUGGCUGGCACUGCUUCUGCCACGGGCAACUUUGUAGCCAGUGGAUCCACCGUACCUGCGGCCACAGCUGGUGGCCUCAAACUGGACACCACAGGCACAGCAACCGCCGCGGAGGUGCUUGGCUUUAGCACCGUAAAUCCGGAUAUCUUCUCAGCGCAACUGCAGCAACAACAACAACAGCAGCAACAUACCGCCCAGCAGCAGCAACAACAACAGCAGCAGCAACAUCACCAGGCACAUCCACAGCAGGUACAAAUUAUCCAGCAAGGUGCUGGUGGCCAGCAGCUGCAGUAUUUUAUCGCGUUACCCGGUCAGCAGGCGGCGCAGCUUGUGCAACAGCAGCCGCAGCCUGCUCAGAAUCAUUUGCCCAGCAGCCUGGGCAUCAAUAUAGUGUCGGCUCAACAACCCACCCAGCAAUUGAUCCUGACCGCCGGUCCCAAUGGCCAACUGACCGCCACACCAGCGCCGCAUACGGCCGCCCAGCAGCAGACGGCCCUGCUUCAGAAUCUCGCCCAACAGCAACAGCAGCAUCAGCAACAACAGCAGCAGAUUCAGCUGCUCCAGCAAGUGGUAACGCCAACGGGGGAACUGACCAAUGUGCCGAUCGCCAUCAAUGCCAACCAUUUGCAUCUCCUGCAGCGCUUGCAAAUGCAACAGCAGCAACAACAACAGCAGCAACAACAGCAGCAGCAACAGCAGGUUAUCAUCCCAACCCAACUGCUGACGGCGCAGCAACUUCUCCAAUUGGGUGGAGCACCCACUGUGGCACAUCAGCAGCAGCAAGUACAAGUACAGCAACAGCAACAACAGCCGCAGCAAGUGCAGGUCCAGGUCCAGCAGCACAAUGCCAAUCUCACACAGAACAAUGCCAGCACGGUGACCAGUGGCACGCCGAUCUUUAUUAACUCCACCAUGUCCAGUGCCCAGGCAGCGACGCAAGCGCAACAACAGGCAGCGCAACAACAGCAGCAGCAGGCCCAAACGAUCUCCACCAUGUCCACGGAUCGCACAAUAACCGGCGGAUUUCGGUAAAAGCUGGGAUAAUCUAAUCUACGGACGGACAGACGGACAGUUGGCAAUCAUAUCGAAGCAUCGGGAGGCAUUGGAAUCGGGCAUUGGCAACGGGCAUUGAUUGCGCCAACCCACUGUCAUCCAGCACAAUGUAUAAUAUUAUAGUUUAUGUAGGUGUAUACGAUUGUAUAUCGGAGGAGAUUAUAUAUAGCUAGUGUCUAAGUCGUAGGCAUGUGUGUAGAAAUGAUUUCUCAAUUGUAAUUUAUUGCUGACCCUCCCGCCCCCUGGCUGCAGGUUUCACCUCCUCCAAAAAAAAAACACCGCCACCUCCACCACUUUUAAACCUAGCACUUAGAGAGAUUAAUGGGUAAUCUAGUGUAUGACGAGGAUGCCACCGGUCCAAAGCAUAACACAGCGUUUCGCGUGGCAUCCGCGGUUUAUUAUGUAUUUGUACUUCUAACUAAGCUAAGCUCUGAUAAACAAUUAUAAGCCACCAAGGACUAUGU